GGAAAUGAUGCUGGAUAGUAAUAAAGCAGUUUGUUCCUCCCACUGUCCUAGAGAAACCUUGCAGGUAUAAAAAAGCUAGACUUGUCAAACAUCGCACAUUAUCAGAGCUACGGAAGAAAUAAAACAGAGUUUCAACAUGAAUUUUCUCCUUCUGCUGGUUGCUUUGGGGCUCGCAGGAGCGUCUCCAGUAGUGGACCACAAGGUGUGUCAGCCUCACUCCAGGCCCUGGCAGGUCUAUCUGCAAGGUAAAGGGUGCAGUGGAGCUCUCAUCGAUGAAUGGUGGAUAGUAACGUCCUUUGACUGUGCGCCCAAACCCUACGACACCAUUGCAGUUCUUGGGGAUCAUGACCUGACUAUGCAUGCAGGCACCGAGCAGCGCAUUUAUGUUGCUGACGCAAUCGUUCACAGUCCGUACCGCUCACCCUUCCACAGCCUCACGCUGGUCCGUCUGGCGACACCCGCCAGCUUUAACGAGUACGUCCAGCCCAUCCCUCUACCCAGCCGCUGCCCACUGACUGGGGAAACUUGCUAUGUCAGUGGCUGGGGAUCCACCACCCCGAAUCAAUAUGAGCCCCAACAGCAACUGAAGUGUCUAACUGUGCCUGUUGUGGAUGACCAGACUUGCGUGAACACGUUCCCUGAGUACUUGUACUGGAGCCACGGCAUGGUCUGUGCUGGACAAGCAAACACAGAUAACUGCAUGCGGAAUAGAGGCAGCGUGAUGGUGUGCAAUGGCCAGCUGCAGGGUGUGCAGUGGUUUGCUCACGGCUGCGAAAACCCAGCCAACCCCACCGUCUACACCAAGAUGUGCAUAUACAAUAAGUGGAUCAACGAUGUGAGGGACCGCUACAUACCAGAAACUCUGCCAACCACUCCAGAGAUGAGGACAUGAGGCAGCAGAGAGACAUUUAUUCACAGAUUUGAUGUAAACACUAUAAAACACUAUUAUAAACAUUACUCCUCAUUUUACGGGCAGGGGUCAGUGUUAUGAAUACUAUGUUUAAACUGGAAGGUUGGGAUUCAUUGCAUUUAAUGAUGGUACUCUAGUGAAGAUUAACUGACAUAAAUAUACAAAAGUAUCUAUGAACAUUAUGCAGCAGUCUCAAAUGCAAAUCCUAUGCUCAGCUACAAAAAAUGAAGCCAAAAAAUCUGUAUGCAAACUCAAAACUGUACAUAUAAACAACAACAAAAAAUAAAAUGUCAUGUGUUUUGAAGGCUUAAUGUUUUAUUCAUGAUUUUUAGUGCACCCUUUACUCUGUGAUUCCUCCUUUAUCCUCAUUUGCUUCAGCAAAAAGUUUCCACAGCUGGCUAAUAGCUGCUGCAAAUUAGCUGUGAUUUUUUCAUAUCACAAUUUCACACAUGCUGCUGCAUGUGACACUGACGGUGAAUUAAACAUGACAACGAAAAGUUGUUUUGUUCCAGCUGUUGAACGGUAAAACCAUUAAAUCUUGUGACUAAUGGCUACUGGAUUAAAGGCCUAUCAGCUUUUUUAAAUUUGUGAGACAAGUUAAUGUUUUGAAUAACAACAAAUGAGUACAAUGCCCAAAUUGGUAC